AUGACUCUUCAGGAGAUGGUGAAGCGGGCAGCUAGCCUGUACCCGGAUAGAAAAGCGGUUUGGUUUGAUGAAUGCAAUGACAAAGCUCCAAUUUCUUACACAUAUGCAACGGUGGUUAAGCUUGCUGUGGAAUUAACAGCUUUCCUUCACAAGCACUGUGAUCAGCAAGGAAAAUGUGAAAUAGGCCUUUACUGCUCUCCAGGAAUAAACUUACCAUCAUGGAUCUUAGGAAUCCUGCAGGUUCCAGCUGCGUAUUCUCCUAUUGAUCCAGAUGCACCACCGGUGUUAUCCACUCACUUCAUGAAGAAAAGCAAUCUUCAGUAUGUUCUUGUUGAGAAUGACAAAAUCAAUAAAUUCUGCACAUCCCAUCUGGGUUGGUUUUACCUCAAUUCUUCCACCAUAGAACAUAUUGGUUUAACUCUCUUCCAACUGAGCUCGGGCAACACGGAUUUAAAUUCACAAGUUGACAAUGAGGAAAGUAAAUAUGAACCUUUCAAAGCCAGGAGUAACUCACAGCCAGGAUCCACCGUUUGCACAGAUCCAGUCAAAGUUGGCCAGAAAUAUCCUUUAGCGUACGUCUUGCAUACAUCAGGAACUACAGGGAUCCCCAAAAUUGUCAGAGUGCCUCAUAAAUGUAUAGUGCCAAAUAUUCAGCAUCUUAAAUCCAUAUUUGAGAUCACACAGGACGAUACGCUAUUCCUGGCUUCUCCUCUGACUUUUGACCCAUCUGUGGUUGAACUGUUCGUUGCCCUGACAAGUGGGGCCUCUGUUCUCGUUGUACCGAACACUAUUAAAAUGAUGCCGGUGGAGCUGUCUGCUGCUCUGUUUCGCCACCACCGUGUGACAGUGUUGCAGGCAACACCGACGCUUCUCAGAAGGUUUGGAGCUCACAUUAUUAAAUCAACAGUCUUGUCUGCAAAUACUUCACUUCGUGUCUUAGCUCUUGGUGGUGAAGUGUUUCCUGUACUGAAUCUCUUGAAAAGUUGGAAGCACAAGGAGAACAAAACAAGUAUUUUCAAUCUGUAUGGUAUUACUGAAGUGUCAAGCUGGGCUACUUGCUACAAGAUUCCUGAAGAGGUUUUUAGUGAUGAUUUUAGAACUGAUUUCCCUGUCCCUUUGGGAUCACCACUCCUUGGAACUAAAGUUGAGGUCAGAGAUACCAACGGCUCUGCAGUUCUAGAAGGCGAGGGACAAAUAUUUAUAGGCGGUGAAGAACGAAUCUGCUUUCUUGAUGAUGAAGUCACUGUGCCCCUGGGCACAAUGAGAGCAACAGGGGAUUUUGUAAGAGUGCAGAAUUCAAAGCUGUUCUUCUUGGGUCGGAAAGACAAUCAGAUUAAACGUCACGGCAAACGUUUUAAUAUUGAGUGUUUGCAGCAGGCCGCUGAAGAUCUUUGUCAGGUGGAAGCUUGUGCAGUGACCUUGCAGGAAAAACUUAUCCUGUUUGUUGUACCCAAAGAUCAUUUAGAACAGAGAGAAACACUUAAAGAACUCCAGAAACGUCUACCAGCUCAUGCUGUCCCUGAUGAGCUUGUACUGAUCAAAGCUUUGCCGUUAACAUCACAUGGCAAAGUUGAUAUAUCUGAACUGAACAAGAUUUACCAGAACCAUCUAAUCUCCAGAAGGCGUGACAGUAAGCUGAGUGGCGCAGAGGAAUUGUGGGAAAGAUUGCAGUAUUUAUGGAAGUCUGUUCUUGGUCUCCUGGGUGAUUCCACUGGAAUUUCUAAAGAUGGCAUGUUUCUGUACAGUGGUGGAGACUCCUUAAAGGCUCUGCGGUUUUGUGAUGAAAUUGAGCUGCUAGUAGGAAAAACUGUGCCUGGACUCCUUGAAGUUAUUCUCAGCCGCUCGAUUGAAGAGAUCUAUAGACAUAUUCUUAAAAUUCUGUUUCCAGAUGAAGACCAAUCAAUGCAUUAUGACAAUGCCAUGAAAAGAAAACUAAGUGGGAACAGUGGAGAGGAAUUCCAUGAAAAAUACAUUAAACUGAAAUCUGAAAGAACUCUUGAGGUUGCUUCAAGGUUAAUUUCAUUUAUUGCGCUAAGCAGAGGAAAUCAUCUUUUUCCUAUGAAUUUCACUAAGUCUUUUGUACAGCCCGGUAAUACAGUCCAGGUGGGAUUGGAGCUGCUACAGCAACCACCCGUUCCGCAUUCAGCGACUCCAGGUACAAUGAAAAGCCAUGCGCAAGGGCAGGGGACGGAGAACAGAAUUUUAACUGUCACGAACAAGGGAAAUAAACCCAACUGUUGCUCCGUACAGCAAAUCCACGCCGAAUGCAGUCAUGGAACACUGGCAGAGCUGGCGUUACGCAUGAGGUGGAAGUCACAUACAAGGAAAUGUGUUGACGCAUCACCACUGGUGGUGAUACCAUCUCAAGAAGAAGUGUCUGCGUCUGUGUAUGUCGGCUCUCACUCUCAUGCUAUGCAGGCAGUUGAUCUAGAUUUGGGAGAAAUAAAAUGGGAGAAGAACCUUGGAGAUCGCAUUGAAUCCUCUGCCUGUGCAUCAAAGUGUGGAAAUUUCAUUGUUGUUGGUUGUUACGAUGGCUUAGUGUAUGUGCUUCAAAGCAGUGAUGGAGAAAUACACUGGGCUUUUGUCACAGGAGAUACGGUGAAAAGCUCUGGCGUUGUAGACCCUUCCAGUGGACUAGUCUACAUAGGAUCACAUGACCAACAUGUGUACGCUUUGGAUAUUUAUAAAAGGGCAUGUGUAUGGAAGUUACACUGCGAAGGUGGAGCUGUGUUUUCAUCUCCUUGUCUAAGUUCUUUUCCACAUCAUCUUUAUGUUGCCACGCUAGGAGGACUGCUAUUGGCUGUAAACCCAGUGACGGGGAAUAAGAUUUGGAAGAGCUUCCUGGGAAAACCACUCUUCUCCUCUCCUCACUGCAAUGAGAAGUACAUUUGUGUUGGGUGUGUGGAUGGAAACUUGUACUGUUACACUCAUUCUGGAGAAAAGGUGUGGCACUUCUCCACUCACGGACCGGUGUUUUCGUCUCCGUGCAUCUCGAGUUUAACUAAGCAAGAAAUAUUUUUUGGCUCCCAUGAUUGCUUUAUCUACUGUUGUAACAUGGAGGGUAAUUUACUAUGGAAAUUUGAAGCCACCUCAAGUGUAUAUGGAACACCAUUCGUUUUCCAAAGUGAUGACUUAAGGAACAAAAUUCUUUUGGCAGCGGUAUCUACAGAUGGCAGAGUGUGGAUCCUGGAUGCCAAGACUGGAACAGCAGAAGGAGUAGAUAAGCUUCCAGGAGAGGUUUACUCUUCCCCUGUAGUGUGGGGAACAAAACUUGUUGUUGGCUGUAGAAAUGAUUAUGUUUAUUGCCUAGAUUUGUAUAUAACGGGGAAUAAAGAAGAGCUAAAAUGUUAG